AUGGAGCCGCAGCUUGGACUCCACGAGUUGCUGCACGUUUUCUCCUUCCUGGAGGCCCGAGACCUGCUCUCCGCCGCCCAGGUGGACAAGGUCUGGAAUGAAGUUUCAAGGACCAAGGAACUGUGGAGGCAGCUGUGUCUGAGACGCUGGUCAUCAUGUAAAGCCUCCCAGAUGACCUUGGGCACACAAACAUGGAAACAGUACUAUCUCUGCCGAUCUGAGCUGGAGUUCCGAAUUGAAUCUGGGCGGCCAGAGAAGGACUUCAUCUGCAAAGCCAUUGCUGGGCACAAUGGAGGCAUAGACGAGCUGGCCUACAUCUCAACCAACGAGUGCCGGUUUGAUGGGCAGGAGAAGUCGGUGGUGUGCACCGUGUCCUCGGACAGCACAGUGCGUGCCUGGGAUGUGCAGGAGGGCACAGAGAUCUGGUCAAGCCCCCUGCAGCCUGCUGCUCUGGUGAAUUUGGUGACCUACCCUCGGCUGCAGCUGGUCGUCACCGUGGACAAGCUGGGCCUGAUCAAGGUGUGGAAAGCGGAGAAUGGGAGGGAGUGGGCCUCCUUCUCCCUGCCUACGUACUCCUCUGCGUUGCAGGCCUGUGACCAUCCAGAGGGCCCCUUCCUGCUGGUGGCCUCUGCCGAGGGCAUCCUGUAUGCGCUGACCAUGCCCCAGCUGCAGCUGCUCUCCAGGACCAGUGUGUUUCCGAGCAGCCCCACCAGUCUCCUCUGCUCUCCUGACUGCCAGUGGGUGUUGGCUUCGACCCAGGACUCAGACUUGGGCCCAAAGGUGUUCUACACUCGCUCCCUACUCUGUCUGGUAGAGGAUGAACCUCCUGUCUCCACCACUCUCCCCAUCUGGCUGACUUCCAGAGCCUGCUGGGCCCCUGAUGAGACAGCCAGGCUGAUGGUGAUGCACAGAAACAAUGAUAGCAGGCAGCUGGCCAUCACCACCUACGAGCUGGGGGCCAAGCAGUCCCAGGAAGGAGUGGACGUUGUGGUACAACAGAUUGCAAGUUUCCUUCUGCCAGACACCAUGGCACCUCCUCACCUCAUGAAGGGCCAUGGCUCUCAGAUGAUCCUGCUGGUGUCGGGGUCGGAGCUGGUGCUCUUCACCAUCCAGGGCCUGCAGCUGGCAGCCUUCCAGGACCACCAGAAGCCUGUCACAUCCCUGUGGGUGGACCAGAGCCGAGUCCUCACUGCUUCCUUAGACCUCUCCCUGCGGGUCUACGUGUGGAAUAAGGAAAAUAAGUUUCCCGUCCUCAAGAGCUGCUAUCACCUGCUCGGGGGCUCCCACAGAUGGGCCAGUGGCUUCACCCAUGUGGAAAGUGACAGUACGAGCAUCGUGGGUGUGGAGGCCAGAGGCGUCGGGACGAGUAUCCUGAGGUCGUACUGCUUCAGCACGCGGCAUGGCUCAGAGGAUUGUGUCGAGUGA